UUGGAGAGUUUAUGAUGUCCACAGUUGCGAGUGGCAGAAAAAACCAUCAGGCCGUGAGCCUGGAAGGAGUUGAUCCAGAAACCUGCAUGAUAGUCUUUAAAACCCACUGGUCACAGGUUGUGAAAAUCUUAGAGAAGCAUGACCCUUUGAAAAACAUUCAAGCAAAAUAUGGAGUCAUUCCUCAAGAUGAAGCCAGCACUGUGCAGAAUUAUGUGGAGCAUAUGCUUUUUUUGUUAAUUGAAGAACAAGCAAAAGAUGCUGCAAUGGGACCUAUCUUGGAGUUUGUGGUCACAGAGAAUAUUAUGGAAAAACUCUUCCUGUGGAGUCUCAGGAGGGAAUUCACAGAUGAGAUGAAAAUUGAGCAACUGAAGAUGUACGAGAUGCUUGUCACUCAGUCCCACCAGCCCUUGCUGCAUCACAAACCCAUCCUGAAACCUUUGAUGAUGUUGCUGAGCUCUUGUUCAGGAACCACAAUAUCAGCUGUGGAAGCAGAGCUGGUGGUACUACUGAACCAGCUGUGCUCAAUUCUAGCCAAAGACCCAUCCAUUCUUGAACUAUUUUUCCAUACUAGUGAGGACCAAGGGGCUGCAAACUUCCUAAUUUUUUCCCUGUUGAUUCCGUUCAUCCACCGUGAAGGGACCAUAGGCCAACAGGCUCGUGAUGCACUACUUUUUAUAAUGUCACUUUCUGCAGAAAACAACGUAGUUGCUAAUCACAUAGUAGAAAACACUUACUUUUGUCCGGUGCUAGCAACAGGUCUCAGUGGCCUGUAUUCAUCUUUGCCUACAAAGCUGGAAGAGAAAGGAGAAGAAUGGCACUGCCUGCUGAAAGAUGACUGGCUUCUUUCUCCAGCCCUUGUCCAGUUCAUGAACUCCCUAGAGUUUUGCAAUGCAGUAAUACAGGUGGCACAUCCACUGAUACGCAACCAGCUUGUGAACUACAUUUAUAAUGGGUUCUUAGUUCCAGUAAUGGCCCCAGCUCUACAUAAGGUGACUGUGGAGGAGGUCAUGACUACAACUGCAUACUUGGAUCUCUUUUUGCGGAGUGUUUCAGAACCAGCGUUACUCCAGAUCUUUCUCCGUUUCAUCCUGCUGCACCGUCAUGAGAAUGUACAGAUUCUGGACACCCUCACGAGCCGCAUAAACACUCCAUUUCGGCUCUGUGUGGUAUCCUUGGCAUUGUUCAGAACUCUCAUCAGCUUGCAUUGUGAAGAUGUGAUGCUACAGCUAGUUUUAAGGUACCUGAUACCUUGUAAUCACAUCAUGUUGAGCCAAAGAUGGGCUGUUAGGGAGAGAGACUGGUAUUCAGUAUCUGCUGCUCGACUGCUUGCCUUGACUCCACUCUGCUGCUGUAGUGGAAUUACUCUGACUCUUGAACAAGAAGAAAAAGACUAUAUCGUGUGGAGAAAAAACAUACAUGAUGCCGGUUCCACUGAGGAGUCAUCUAGCAGAAGUAUUACAGACUCCACAUGCAUUGUGGAAUAUGGUCAAAGUGUAGAUAUCAGUUACUUGCAGUAUCUUUGGGAUGCUCAGAUCCUUGUACUCCACUGCAUGAAAGACUGCCAGGUUUGGUCUGCUCCAUAUGAUGGUGAAACCCCUGAUCCACACACCUUUAUCCAAACUCUGGUUGAAGAAGAUGGUAAAAACAUACAGCAGCCCAUUUUAAGACUCUAUCAUAGAACUCAUAGUAAUCGUAGCUCUUCUCAGCUGGCCCCACUGGGAGAAAAGAUGGAGCUGGAGUGGGAUGAUAGCUAUGAUACAGGGAUUUCUCCUGGAUCUGAUACUAGCUCUCCCCAGCAUGAUGACGAUUUAGGGAAUGUAAACAGACAACCUCCUGCAGAGCCACCAAAGCAUAUUCAGGAAAUGAAGAAGAAUGCAAUUAUGUUGAUCAAAGGGUCAUAUAUAGAAGACUCCGACUUUCAGGAUGAUGUCAUGGUGUAUAGGUUGUGUGCUGAAAAGGAUGCUCAGGAAGCAGACAGCUUAAAGAAGGAAGCUUUAAUCACUACAGUGUCAGAAUCUCAAACAACAAGUAAUCAAAAGCAGCUCCUUACCAAUGGUCCUCUUAAAAAUCCUCAGCCAGAUGCUAACUUGGAAAAGCACAAUACGAAAAAUUCCAGUUUAACUCAAGAAGCAAUGGCAGAACAAGUAUUCGGGAGCAUUGUUGAAAUAAACCAGCAACCAGACUUGGAACUCAAGGUGUCUUCUCAAGAAGCAGAUGACAACGCUAACAUAAAGCUGCUGAGCCCAGAGAAUGAGGAUUUUAUCUCCCAGUGUGAUAAUAUCAUUAAAGAACUGGAUACUAACUCUACAGGCUUAGUGGAACUUAAAUCGCUUAUGCCCGAUGCUAUCUCUCCAGUGGAAGAGGAGGAGGACUUUGAAAAUUUUUCAGUUGACACUCCAUCAACAGAAAGUAUGCCUUCACCCUUUGGAUCAAAAGAUGUAUGGACCAGCAACCCUGCAAGGAUCCAGAAUGUCCCAUUUACAGGACCUUUCAUAAGUGUGGUGCUAUCAAAGUUGGAGAACAUGUUGGAGAACUCCUUGCAUGUCAAUUUGCUUCUCAUUGGAAUUAUUACUCAUCUGGCUAGUUACCCACAACCCCUCCUCCGUUCUUUUCUGCUCAAUACCAACAUGGUAUUUCAGCCUAGUGUGCGAUCGCUAUACCAGGUGCUGGCAUCUGUGAAAAAUAAAAUCGAGCAGUUUGCUUCCAUUGAAAAAGAUUUUCCCCACCUUCUCAUACAAGCACAGCAACACCUGCUUUUACGAGUGGACAUGUCUGUUAUUCCAUUAGAGUCAUUGACCAAAGACCAUGCUCAACACACCAACAUCAUGGGGAAAGGAAGGAAUCUUUCAGAGGCGUCUCAAGCCAUCCUGCAGCCUUUCUUAGGAAGUAAGGCAAAAAGAGGAGCUGCUUUGCCCAGCAUCCCUUCGCCCGUCAGGAAUGCCAUCCUGGCAGCUGCACUCUUCCCGGAGUUUCUCAAGGAACUGGCUGCUCUUGCGCAGGAACAUUCAAUCCUGUGUUGCAAAGUAUUUGGUGAUUUUGAGGAUUACUAUUAG